AUGGCCCGCCGUAACACCAACGGUGUUACCUCUGCCACCACCACGGCCGGUGACACUGGCCUCCUCACGCGCUUCGUCCCCGAAUCGCUCAAGCACACGGCCCUCUACCGCUGGCUCCUCCGCCUCACGCGCAUCCUCCAAUUCCUCUCCGCCACCAUCUCUCUCGGCAUCUUCUCCUCACGUGUUUACAAAGUGUACCGUUUGGUCAACAGCCUCAAGGCACAACGCGGCAUCUCCAGAUCGCAUGGCGCCGUUGAAGGCAUCCUCGCUGCUGCUGUCCUCUACACCCUCAUCGCUAUGCUCAUGUCGUUGCUCAAGAAAGGUGGAGCGUCGAAAGGGCUGCGCUGGCUGUUCGUGCUGUUGGAUCUUGCGUUCGUGGGUGCUUUCAUCGCUGUGGCAGUCAUUACGAGCCCGAACGGCGGAAGCGCGGGUCCAAGGCGCUGCUAUUCGAACCGGAAUGUAAGGGACGACAACAUAGUGACGGGUGAGGUGGCGAACGCGCGGGACAGCAGCUGCAACCUGCCGUGGGGCACAUUCAUCUUGUCCAUUAUCAGCACAAUCCUCCACGCUAUCACCGCCGCUUUCCACGAAGUCCGCGACCGUCGCCAUGAGCAACAUAGGCUCGAUGAGGAGGCUAGGCUUAAGCACUCACAGGAGGUUGAGGCCAAGGACGGGUAUGUGCAUGGCGGAGGAGUUCAUACUCGUACAACAUAG